AGCUACCCUGGGCAGAAACAGGCCAUAAAUCGCAGUACCCACCGCCCUGGGCCUGAGGCGAGGGUUCCCAAUCGACUCGCAAUCUGGUGUUUUGAUAGCGGGCCAGAUAUGCCAUUCUAAUCAGUACAGCUGGUGGGGAGGGAGCAUUACGUCAUUCACAAGUCUCCGUUUCGGAGAUGAAAUCUGAUGGUACAGAAGUACGGUGCUCCGGUACCUCCUGGUUGCCAUAGGGAAGAAAGAGGUGCGAAGCACCCUCCUCCACCAUAAAGAACCUUGCUUUAAGAAAUAUUGAGAGCCUCGGAUGGUCUACACUACUUGCCCCGGACCUGAACAAGAUACUGUACACUUACAUACAGUUCGAUGGCACGCAGCAAUCUGAAGUGGAACUCCAUGUACGUCUUUGAGAUGCUACGGUGGGGCCGAGCAACAAAAAUAGAGCCAGACUAAAAGCCGAGGGAACGUUCCAAGGGCUGGCAGCUGCCGGCAAACGACGUACCCGUUUCUGCUCUGUCCGGGUGGUGACAAAUCCACAAACGGUGAUCGCAUUGCGACAUGCACAUUGCCUCCCUCACCCGUGUCAUAGCUCCGACCUGCCGAAUACCUGCAUAGGGUGUUUGCCUCGAUAUAAAACUCCAAAGCCCCUCCUUGCUCGCCCCCACCGGUUGAACCACCCACCCACCGAUCAACAACCCCUCCAACAGUAAAUGUCCUUUCUGCGCAGAUUCUUCUCCGGAUUUGCAUCACCUCCGAUCACAAUGGAAGCAGCAAAGACCAAGGCCCAGUCGCUCAUCGACGAGAACGCCGUCAUGGUGUUCUCCAAGAGCUACUGCCCUUACUGCCGUGCCAGCAAGAAGACCCUGCAGAGCGCUGGUGCCCAGUUCAAGGUGUAUGAGCUGAACGAGGAGAGUGACGGCAGCGCCAUUCAGGAUGCCCUCGAGGAGCUCUACGGCCAGCGCACCGUCCCCAACAUCUUCUUUGGCAAGAAGCACAUUGGCGGUAACUCGGACCUGGAGGCGCUUGGCGGCAACCUCAAGACGAAGCUGCAGGAGGUCGGCGGUCUUGCGUAAGGGCUAUUCAUUCCUGUUUCUGGCGUGAUUACAAACACAGACGCGGAACAUCAUGCUUUCUUAGAGGACAACCUUGCGAUUGACAGCCUCGUGACGGAUAGGAGGGCGAGCCUGUGACGAUUACGCGAUGCCGCUUGUGGGGAAGGCUUUGGAGGCGGAUAGACUCGAUGCUGGGCACACUUUCGAGACACACCUUUACGAAAAUGAUUGCUCCCACCUCGCGCAAGACAUUCCGGAACGUGCAAUGUGACUGAUUGUCAGACCUCGGACUCUUUUCUGCGUGGACGCGUACCGUGCAAGGUGACCAUGUGCGUGUGCAUAUGCUUGUGAUAUGGGAUUGUAUACCACCACCGUGACCUCUAAUUUCGUGGAUCAUAACACUUGGGUCGCCACUGUGCCAACGGGACGCUCCACGAAUUCCAGGAUGCCGUCGACAAUGCUCGUCUUUGCCUCCUCGCUAGCGACCUUUUUGCCGCCGAGGUAGUUCAUCCAAAGGGCCCGCGAUAUCCUCUCGUCCUUCACGGUGCCGAUCAGCUCCCUGCCGCCGGACUUGCCCUCGUCGUACACCAGCGUGAGCUUGCCGGCCCUGUCGCGCAGCAUCAGGAGCUCCUUCUGCUUGGGCACCUUGCCCCUGUUGAAGAUGCGCUUGAACUCCCUCAUUGCCUCGCCGAACUCCUCGUCCUUGGCCUUGCCCUCGUGUGCCUGGAUUGCGCGCACGAACCCAUCCCGCAGGUGGUGGAAGUCGGUGUCGCGCACAGGCACCACGCGCACCAUGCUCCUCGCCGGGAUGCCGGAGCGGAGGAACUCGUCCCAGAUCUGCUCGCCCUCGACAGGGUCCAUCAGCUUCUUGCGCAGGUCGCCCUUCUCCGAGGCCACGAGCGUCGAGGCGAUCGGGUUGAUCUUGCGCACCAGGCGCUGCUGCAGCUCGGCAAUGUCCUGCGUCGCGACGUAGAAGCCCAACACGUACACGUUGAUGCCCAGGAACGAGACGGACCGCGUCCCCAGCCCCACGAGUGUGUACUCGGUCCCGGUUGCCACGGAUGGCGGCACGAUCAGUGCAGGCGCCAUGGGCCCGCUGCCGUUGGACCCGUCCGGCUGUGGGCUCGCCCGCCCAAAUUCGGGGAGCUCCACCGUCCUGGGGAAUUCGGGGACGUAGCUGUUGCCGGUGGGGACGACCUCGCGGCCGUUCUCGUCGUGCUUGACCACCUUGCGCUUGGGGUCGUUGAGGGGGUCGCCGGCGGGCAGGGACGAGUCGAGCUGCGUGGCACCACCACCGCAGCGGGCUGCAGACUCCUCACGCAUCUUCUGGCUGAUCUUCCAGCAGACGUAGAUGAUGGAUAUUACGCCGGCGACGACGCCUGCUCUGAGGGCCUGCUGGCGGGUGUGGUGGUACUCGGCAUACUGGGAGGCGAGGCGGUUGACGUUGAGGGUGUCAAGCUCGGCGCGGCGGGAGGGCCUCUCGCGCGACCCGGUCAUCAGGCCUCGGCGGAUCGUGUGCGAGCAUCGCGGGCAGACUGGGGCUCCACUGGCUGGCGUGAGCAAGGGGCGACGCACCAGGCCGCGCGGGAGGGCCUGGCGGAUCAUGCUGGACAUGUGGGCGGUGGGCGGUGGUGUCGGCUCUUUGGUGGUCUAGUCGAAGAUUUGCUGUCGGAAAAACAUGCAGCGGUGGUCAUCUACGGUCCACUGCGCUUUGGGUCAGUGAACUCGAUCAUCACGUUGAUGGAAGCUCGGCGUGGUAUAAUAAUGCCCCUCCCAUUAUCGCAUAAAACGGAGCUGCCCAGUGCUGUGGAUCUACAUAAUUGCGUCAUUGGUUUGCGAGUAGAGGGGUCCAAGAAGACUAGGGAGAAUAAGCAUCUGGCGAGGACAAGGUUUAUCUGAUCCUGCGUGAUGCACCCGCGCCCUUGGGUUCCACCACCUGGCCGCCUGGGUGCGCAGCAUUUGGCAUUUUGGAAGCUUGGAGGCUUGGUUGAUGACGGCACCGUCGGCAGUGAGUUCCGAGGUGGCAGGAGGUGGCAGGAGUGUGUGUUCUAUUGUUGUAUGUGGUAACGGCUGCAGCAAUCUGACUCCUGAGCAAUCCGGGCAAUCCAACCGGGCCCGGGCCUAGACUCUAGACAGACCAGGCCGGGCCAGGCCAGGCCAGCGGGCCUCAAGGAACCAACUGCCAACUGCCCUGUCUGUCUGUGUACGGAGUGUUCCGUACUGCAUGCGUGGGUGAGUCCAUCUUCAAAAUGCAACCCCUACUUCAAUGCAGCCGUGAGGUCGGUAACUUCUACCCCUUUUCUGUUGUUCCCUUGGUGAAAACCCAUUCGAUGAGGAACUCGGUCCAAGACGACGGUCAGGGGAGAGAAGGGGGGAGGAGGGGAGCGUCCAACCUGCCAGCCCUGCCGAGUUGCAGCACGGAGUACUCCACAGGCAUCACGUAGACGAGAAGUGCACUGUAAAUUGCCCCAGCCCGUGCAAGAUUGCAAUGCGCGUGGCCGUGUCACGUCGUUCAUGCCGCCACCUGCAUUCGUUUUGGCCUGGGAGCUGUGGCCCCUGAUCCGGUCUGUUGCCUCAAGGGGUGGCAGGGCCCGCAUUGUGAGACGCCGCCGCCGCAUGGGACUGGGGGCGCCGGGGGUGCUGCUGCUGCUGCUGCUGCUGCUGCUGCU